AUGGACUUGAUUGAAGCCUAUGACCUUCCCCUAACUCCAAUAACCGUCACCCCCGCUACUAAAGCCCAACUCACCCAAUUCCAUUCUAACGCGUUAAUAACACGACUAUUAAAAAGAAGGAAGCCGAUUGAUGAUGCUACCACUACUACAGAGACUAAGGAGUGGUCUGAUUUUGAUUCUGAUCCCUCUCUGAGCGAUUCGGAGCUGGACUCUGACGAUGAAAUACUGACCCUAGACACGUCAGUUGGGCUCGCUUUUGAUUGCCCACCGUUUCCUCACAUGCGUCGCUACGUCCAGUACCUCAUUGGUAGCGCGUUGGCCGCUGCUGACGCUGUAAAGCACCAUAAUCUAGUACUUAAUUGGUACGGCGGCCGCCACCACGCCACCAAAUCACGUGCUGCAGGAUUCUGCUACGUCAACGACAUUUGUUAUACGAUCCAGCGACUCCGCAGACUCGGAUUUCAACGGGUUUUCUACCUAGAUUUCGACCUCCACCACGGCGACGGCGUCGAAACCAGCUACCGCGGGUCGGCAAAAGUGUUCACGUGUUCGAUUCACCGUUAUGACGUGGGUUUUUUUCCUGGGACAGGUGGUCUAGCCGAUAACGUCGCCAACCAGGCUAAUAUCCCCUUGAAAGCAGGGCUAAGUGACACCUCUCUCCUCCUAAUUGUAAAGGAAAUCAUCCUUCCUUUACUCCACGACUUUAACCCUGAUUGUCUUAUAAUUCAGACUGGAUGUGAUGGUCUUGGCUCUGAUCCCGCGGGACAAUGGAACCUCACCAUCCCCGGGCUAUCUAGGGCAAUCAUGGAGGUAUAUCGUGCUGCUAGCGUUCCCACGAUUAUGGUAGGCGGUGGGGGAUACCACCACCGUGACGCCGCUCGUUUCUGGUGCUAUCUCACUCAUAUAGCCAGUGAACAGACACCCCCAUCACCUGACGAAUAUAUCCGCGACCACCCUGGGCUAGAUCGGUUUGAAGAGGACCACUACCAGUUCUGGACUGACAAGAAUUGCCAACCACGCCGUACCCGCGACGAAAAUACUGAAGAGUACUUAAAACUAGUGGCCGAUGCCGUUUUCGGCGAUGGUUGA